UGGUUUUGAUUUGACCUUCACUAGUAGCCUUUAUUAAAGGGAGACGAGGUUGUCAGUGCUGUUUGCGUAGGGGGAUCCGCGUGGCAUGCUGCAACGCCAUGACGCAAUUCACACUCUCCCUACUGCAACACAAUAAAAUAUGUAUCACCAGAGUGCCGAGGAUGGGAUGCUUCUUUGGGUGUAAAUAUCAGAUAAAUGGUGAAGAAGGGAGGGGGGUGUGGCAUUGACCAUCACCCAUUCACCAAAACAAUACACGCCCAGAGCUCGUGCAUUUGUGGCGUAAAAAGCCGUGCCGGGGACCAGGGUUGGUCACUGUCAGUCUGCUCUUUCUUGGACUCUCGCUGGGUGCACAGGCCGUCGGCAUCCCGCCGUGCUCCGUCCCUCCGCAGGCUCCGGGCUGCACGCAGGGAUCCUCAUCGCAUUACGCAGAUUUGAAGCCUGGAUGCAGAGCGAACCAAAACCAAUGGCCUGCACAUGAAGAUGCGAUAACUACGAUACGAUUUAAGACAUGUUAGCGCCAUGAGUGUUGGGAAAGAGAUUGAAUGCCUUUAAAAUCUCAAGGCUGUGAGCCCUGUGCAGGGUGGUGAUGAGCAACCAGGGCAGCAGCAGCAGGGGAAGUGGCCAGCAUGCUGACACUCCUCCCUCCCGUCACACCCCUGGACCCAAGCUGCAGGUGCAGCGCUCCCUCUCUCGUGACAUCAUCACCAUCCACUUCUCUGCUCUGGGGAAGGAGGAAGACGACGAGGAAGAGGGGCUCUACGGCCUACCUCUUGGAUCUGCUGGGGCUAAGUCCGAGCUUGAUGAUGCAGGGGUACCUCAAGGUCUAGAAGCUUCAGGGGCUGACGACCAGUCUGUCGCCACAGCCUUGGAAGCAAAAGAGGAGCUGCUAUUUGAAGCUGCCGGUUUGGAGAUGUCCUCUGGAGCUGCUGUGCUCCCCGUUUCAUCCACCACCCUGUAUGUGCAUUCUUCAGACCUUCACUCACACACACCCUCUCCAGCUGUGACUAUUAUCCCCACUUCCACGCACCCCCACCUGAGCUCCACCCCUCCUGCCAGCUCCUCCUGGCCCUCUGACCAACCCUCAGCCAAUCCCUCAUCCACAAGCUCUAGCUCCUCCUCCCCUUGCAAGUCUGCAGCGCUGUCUUCCUCCAAGCCUUUCCUCAGCCUGGUCAGGUCCUUGUCCAAUGAUGUUGAGUCUCGCGAAACCACUCCUGCACCCACCACUGUCGCACCAUCGCACGCGCGCCACCGUCACUUAAUGAAAUCUUUUGUGAAAUCUCUUUCCACGGACACUUCGAAGGCCGAACAUCAGGAAGGGCCCCUUCAUUACUAUCUUCACCACCAGCCUCAUCAGCAACAGCAAGUGCAGACAUCCCAGCGGCCUCCACCUCGCAACAUGCAACUUUUCAAACAGUUCUCCCAGCCUCGAUUGUGCUCCAGCCCGGUCAUUGUCAAGAAAGCAGGUGGAGACUCUAAAACAGCCCCUUCUUCCCCCAUCAGGUCCCCAGAUGGUAGAUCUUUCUUCAAGGUCCAAGAGGUGGAAGCCAGGAUAGAGGAUACUAAGCGCCGGCUGUCAGAGGUAAUGUCAGACCCCCUCCAGCUUUUUAGUAAGAUCAUGGGGGAUGAGUCUGGCGUGGGAGUUGUUGGGAGUUCUACUCAUCGUGCCAAAUCACUGUCCUCCAGUGCGUCAGAGCUCAGCGGAGUGACAGCGGUAAACGGACACACAGAAAGUAACAACAACUAUAGCAUCAAGGAGGAGGAAGGGGCAGAAGAGGAAGAAACCCCCAUGGACAAGGGCCCUGACUCUGUUUUUUUCUCCUUCCCAUCACUGGCACAAGCCCCAGCCCUCGCCCAGGCCUCCUCAUCCACUUUUCCAAAGUCUCCUUCUCUUACUCUAGGCCGCUGCUCUAUGUCGGCCCUGGUUGCUCGACAGGAAGACGAGGAUUUUUGUGAACUGUACAGUGAAGACUUUGAGAUAUGUACAGAUACAGAAACGCCAGAUGGAGAUUGCACCGGGUCCCGGCAGCCCCAUACUGGUAGCACUGGGUUGUGUAGUGAACUUGACACAGAGGAGGAGGAGAAAGAGGAGGAGGAGGAGCUUGAGACUGUGCCUGUGACUGGCCUCAUCUUCCUGACACAGUUGGUUUACUGGUACAUAGUCCUUCCAGUGCCACCUUAUGUAUGUGCGGUGGUGCAUGGGAUAGUAGCUGGGUUCAUGUUGGCCUUGGUGGUCCUUUGGCUGUCUUCUCCUGGAUGUUCCUCAUCAGGGACCAGAAGAUGGAGACGAAGGAAAGAGCACUGGAAUGUGGCCCAGUUGGAUAUCAAAGAACCUGGAACCUUCAAGGGCUGGAUGAAUGAGAUCCACUGCUACGACCCGGAGAUGUACCACGCCACCCUGACCCACUCUGUUUACGUCCGUCUAGAAGGCUCUGUCCUGCGUAUGUCCAAGCCUAACCGGAACAUCUCCCGUCGUGCCACACACAACGAGCCUAAACCGGAUGUCACCUACAUCAGCCAGAAGAUCUAUGACCUGACAGAUAGCAAGAUUUACCUGGUGCCCCAAAGCUUGGCUAGGAAGAGAGUUUGGAACAAGAAGUACCCCAUUUGCAUUGAGCUGGCCAAGCAAGAGAACUUCAUGUCCAAGGCCCAGGUAGAGAAGCCCGAAGCUGGGGAGGAGAAACUAACAGGGCUGGGUGAGAAGCUGGAGCAAAUGGAAAAAUGCGAGAAAGUUGAGGUAUCUGGGUCAGCAGAGGAACCCAAAAGACCAACCUCUGGAGGGGUGGAUCUGACUAUCUACCUGUUUGGGAGGACGGGGCGGGAGAAGGAAGAGUGGUUCCGUAGAUUUCUGCUGGCAUCCCGAAUAAAGUCAGAAGGAAAAGGUGGUAGUCUGCCUAGCAUCUGCAAGAGUGCCUUCUUGCCCUCCCGCAGUAGCAGCACCCAAUCUGGUGGAGGCCUGGAGGCUGACAGCAGGAGCAGCAGCCGAGGUAGCCUGGAGGAGCUGCCUCAGUCUCGCCACAGAGAGACCUCCUCUGCUCCCUCCUGUGGCUAUACUGGGGUGAUGAAGCAGAAGAUGCUGUUGGACUAUAAUGUCUACAUGGCAAAAUAUGUCAACCCCCAGGCCCCAGAGAAAAGCCCAACUGCCACCGACAGCCCUGGGCCCAGCCCCGAGAGCAGCCCCACAACUACCAAAAAGAUACGCAAAAGUUCAGAGGAGACGGUGGAGCCUGAGGCCUGGGUCAACGCUUUUGUGGGAAGGAUGUUCUGGGACUUCCUGGGAGAGAAAUACUGGGCCAAUGUAGUCUCCAAAAAGAUCCAGAUGAAGCUCAGUAAGAUCAGGCUGCCAUAUGUUAUGAAUGAGCUGACUUUGACAGAGCUAGACAUGGGCUUUUCCAUUCCUAAGAUCCUUCAUGCCUCCAAACCCUCUGUGGACCACCAAGGUUUGUGGUUUGAUCUGGAAGUCUCCUAUACGGGCUCCUUCCUCAUGACACUAGAGACCAAGAUGAACCUGGCCCGUCUGGGGAAAGAGGGGGAGGGGCUUGGGGAGCACGGAAAAGAGUGGCCCAGGCCACGGACAUACUGUCUGGCAGACAGCGAUGAGGAGUCGUCUAGUGCCGGCUCAUCGGAUGAGGAGGACCCCCCUGAACUCCUCAGUGACAAAGCCAUUCUUCCUGGCGCCGAGGGCUACGUGGGAGGCCACAGGCCCAGCAAGAUCAUGCGCUUUGUGGACAAGAUAGCCAAGUCAAAGUACUUUCAGAAAGCCACAGAGACGGAGUUCAUUAAGAAGAAGAUGGAGGAGGUGUCCAACACGCCCCUGCUGCUCACCGUGGAGGUGCAAGAGUUCCGUGGGACGCUGGCUGUCAACAUCCCUCCUCCCCCCACGGACAGAAUAUGGUAUGGUUUCCGGAGUCCGCCUCACCUGGAGCUAAAAGCACGGCCAAAACUGGGUGAGAGGGAGGUCACUUUAGUUCAUGUGACAGAUUGGAUUGAGAAGAAACUGGACCAGGAAUUCCAGAAAAUAUUUGUGAUGCCAAACAUGGAUGAUGUAUGGCUACCCAUAAUGCACUCUGCCAUGGACACACGUUCCAAUGCCAGCUUGGUUACUAUGACAAAUGAUGCCUUGAAGGACCCAGAACCUGAGGAGUCUGAGGUCUCUGACAUGUGAAGACUGCCUUUCAAAGUGCAUAAUGACAGACAUUUUAUCAGCAUGGUAAUAUGGCAAGUCCCCGCCCCUCUCAGAGACCCGUGGCUGUCGUAAUGGGUCAGGCCAACUCUCUAAUAUUUUUACCCAUGUUCGAGUUUCAUUGUUGCACCACUGAUGAAGUGCACUCACAAAACUUGUGUUGGGGUAACUAAACACAGGAAAAUGGAGGACAGUUGUGACUCAUAGAUUGUCAUCCAAUUGCACAGUUUUAUUUGUGUGACAUAAAAUAUUAUGAUUCAUUCUCUGAUGAAAUACAAUACAUGGGCAUGUCGAGACUAGUUAACAAAUGUGUGUGGCGAUGGAUCAACUAACAGCCAUCUGAUUCAACCAGAAGAACCAUAAUACCUGUGAUGUACAGCUGCACCAACCAUAGUAGUCGUAUGGUGCACAUUUUUGUGCGACAUUUCUAAUCAAGUGGUUUAUUGUUGCUAUAACUCUAUGAUGGUUUUGCUGAAAGCCCCUGCGUCUAUUAUUUGAUACACAUUUCACAGGGAUACCAACUCAUUGAUCAACCAUCCACACUGCUGCCUGUGCCAGUCACCCGGCACCUUUAUGCAAACAGAUAAAUACCGCUGUGUCCAUCGAAGACACGGUUCAGUUUAAAUCCACAAUGGACACUAUCAUACCAUACCUGUGUGCUUUUAACUGUGUGGUAGGGAUUAGAGUUAAAACUGACCUGAAAGGGGAGAAUUAAAACAUAGCAGCUAAACAUUGCCUAGGUCUGAUGAAUGUAUAAAUAGGAAUGCAGCUCCCUAGCUGUGCAAGGUAUAGCUCAUUCACUGACAACGUGCUUCUACACAACAUACUUCAAGACUUCUUUUCACAUUAUAUUCAGAGUUGAGCAAAAGUAAUAACUUAAUUUUUAUUGCCAAAGCAAUCUUUCAGUCCUGUCCAAAGGCGGUGUAUGAGGUAGACAGUGACAAAUUAGCAAUCAGUUAAUUAUCAUGUUCCUAUUAAGGUCAUUCCAGUGACGUGCUGCCUAAGUUUGGGCAGACUGAAACCCUUUUGUAAAUGCAUAAACUUUUUUUUUUUUAUGUCAACAGGGGAAUAUACCCACUCUUUCUAUUUAAUUAGAAUAAUUAACAUACUGGAUAUUAGCCAUAUUAUUUAAUGUCAGCAUUCAAAUGAAUGUUUUGUUGAUUUAUUGAUUUGCUGUUUCUUUCUGUACUGUACACAUUCAAGAAGAAUAUCACCAUAUCAACUAGAACAGCGAUUUUCUAAUCUGCCAUGGACGCUCAGCUGCUUUACAGACAACCUAUUUUACGUUUAAAUGUGUGCUGGCGAAGUGUAUUAGGCAGAAAGUGCCUUUAAAAUAAACAUUCCGCCGUAGUGAGCCAUCACAUUUGUUGCAUCCGUUGAGGAUAGAAAGUAUUGCUGUGCCAUUACUGUGUAUGUCAAGACAUGACCUUUGUUUCCACAAGUUUCAGUGUUCAUUUGCACAGUGACAAAAUAUUAAAUAAAAAAAAUAAAAAAUACUGUUGUGUUCAGUGAUGUCACAGAAUGUUACGGUUCUGAUCAUUGUGGAUCAAUAAAACCUUUUGCUUGGAA